GGCACCACCACCGCACCGCUGCCCACCCUUAGGGACGCCGGCGCCUUGCUCCUCCUCCUCCUCAGAGCACCAAGCCGGCGCCGGCGUCUUCCCCUUGCUCCAUUUCUUCUCCUCAAGUGGCCGACCCGCCGGCGUGUCCCCCCUGCACCCUCUGCUCUGCUCGCGUGCGGCACCAACACGACGCCGGCGUCUUCCUCCUCCGCCUCGCCUAGGAAGGAGUCGCGCGCCUCUCUCCAUCAUGUCGUCACCUCUCUCCGUCGUCGCCGGAUGCUUCUUGCUCCUCGCCGCAUCCGCCAUCCCCGGAUGCGUAUGCGUCAACGACGACUACAGCAUGCAGACCAUCGCGACGUCCCUCGGCGCGGACCGUGCUCUGGGGUGGGGCAACGACUCAUCCCCGUGCACCCACGGCUGGACCGGAGUUGUGUGCAAUGAGCGUGGGAGGGUGACGGCGAUCCGCGCGCGCAACGCCAGCCUGAACGGCACGCUGCCGGGGGAGAUUGCGUUGCCGUGGCUGAAGGAGCUGGACCUGCGGGACAACGCCAUCACCGGCCAGCUCCCCAGCACCGUCUUCCUCCGGCUGGACAACAACAACUUCACGUCCGUGGCCGUUGGGUUCUUGGCCGGCGCGAGAUCGCUGCAGGUUUUCACCAUCAGCAACAACUCGCAGCUUGAGGGUUGGGAUCUCCCAAACAAUCCUCACACGAUUGGCAACCUCCAAGACUACAUCGCCAACAACGCUAGCAUCACCGGGACGCUCUCGAGAUUCCUCGGCUCCAGCACGUUCGCCGCCCUCGGCAGUCUCUCUUUGGGGAACAAUCGGCUCACCGGCGAGGUUCCGACGACGUUCUCAAGCCGGACCCUCACCCACUUGGAUCUGAGUGCUAACUUCCUCUCGGGGCCAUUGAACUUCAUUGCGAAACUUCCGGAACUCGAAGAACUUCGACUCGACCGGAACAGCUUCACCGGGCCGUUACCUGACUUCAGCGGACUAUGGAGCCUCCAGGUGGUUACUCUUGCGCAUAACAAUCUCACUGGUGUUGUGCCAGCGACCCUAGUCCGACUCGAAGGUCUCUCUUCUGUCACACUAAGGAACAAUCUAUUCCAAGGGCCACUUCCAGUGUUCGCAGGAUCGGUGCAGACUGAUGUUGCUGAGGCGUCCCUCGAUAGGAGUUUCUGUCGUCCACAGCCCGGGCCAUGUGACAGCCAAGGUUGUCAGAAUCGUGAUUUUGAAUCGGAUCGGAGCUCCGAUGACAGGAUCGCAAAUCGUAGAAUCUUCACUAUCAGGAUCAUAGAAACGUAGAU